AUGUCCACUGACGCUCAGCAGCACCGGUCUCUUGAAGCGCCAGAAAAUCCGGUCGCCCUCGAGGGCCCAGUUGGCUCUCUCCGCAGUUCUCCACCUGUCUCCUUUGCGUCUCUGUCCCCUCGUGCCUCCGCCUCCGAGAUUCGAAACUCUUCGUCCCUUGCGGCGUCUCCCACCGACUGCCUCGCGUCUGCCUCGAGUUCCUUGUCUUGUCCCGCCGCGUCUGUUUCCCUGCCGUCUUCCUCUUCUUCUGAAUUCGCGCCCGCGGACACAGGCCAACCUUGUGUCGCUGCGGCGCCAGGCUCAACGCACGCCGCUCGCACUGCGGCGCUUCUUCGUAUGAUUUUCCCUUCUUCUUCGCCCGCGCCCCGGUCGUGCCCGUUCAUUCCUUUCCGGUCCUCGACGUCUCACUCCACCUCGUCUGCCUCUUCCGCCUCUUCUUCUGUUUCUUCCGGGGCGUUCUGCGGUCGUGUCGCUCCCACUGCUCUUGCAUCGGAGACAGGGAGCGAGCGAGCGGAGCUGUCGCCCGGCUGCCUUCCCCACUCUGAGCGUGUCUCCGCAUGCGCGUCUGGGCCGUGCGGGUCUCGAAGCGAACAGCGAGCCGACGAGGCGUUGAAAGCGCUCCAAGUUCACCUUCGCCAGCACAUGACCAUGGAAACAGACGAAGAGAACCCCACGGACGGAAGAAAGAGCCUCUACGCGUCGUUCGCAUCAGACAGCCAUGGCGAAGAGGAGGGUUCCCGUCCCCCACAGCACCCCUCCACCGACCCCGCAAACCUGAGCAAGGCUGACGGGCCGUCUCCUCCGUUUUCGUCCUUGCCUUCGUCUGCAUCUGUGUCUUCGUUGGUCUCCUCAUCGUCCGCUUCCUCAUCUUCGUCUGUGCCGCUUUCUGCCUGUUCUGUGCCUGUUGAAACCGGCUCUUCCCCGCUUCGCAAUGCGUCCGUGGACGGUACACCGACGGGAGGAGGAACCUCUUCUUCCUCGGACGGCGCGGGGAAAUCCGCAACUGCUUCCCGUUCGCUGUCGCCGUUAAUCGCCACUCUGCGAGCGAAGAUGCAAAACAUCUCGGGGGACCAGAAGGAACCGACUCAGCCCGUGGCGAGAGGCCUCUCUCUGCCGCUGUCGACGCUUCCUGGAACCGCCCAGCUGGUCACCAUCCGCCGUCGCGGCGCUUCAGGCUCCGCGGCGAAUCCGUCAGAGCCUCCCGAGGGUGCGACGCAUGGAGGGGAAGAGGACUCGCCGCGCUCGCCGUCGGGGUUCGACGACAGCUGUGAAGAAGCUCAAUACCCUGCGUGCACGGAACAGGCCUUGCGCGCGCUGCUGGAGGAAUGGCCGGUAGUCCCCGCUGACGUCUCCGAGGCGGCGAGCGAGAGAGAACGAGACCGCAGGCUGGGACGCGCCGCUUCGAAUGGAGAACAGACGGCGGCGGAAACGUCGGAGAGCGAAGAAAGAGAAAGAAAGCUUUCUCUUUUCGACGAGUUCCACAAUCUCUCCCGCCUUAGCCGACGACUGCUAGCCAGGCUCCGGCUACCAGGAGAGGCGGAAGCAGAGGGAGACGGAGAGAGGGAGACGGAGCGGGAGGGCGAAGCGAAGCGCGAAGAACGGAGGACGCGUGAGAGAGUGGGAAAUUCGUUGGAAGACGCGGAGAGAUGCGCGACAGAAGAGCGCGGGAAGAAGGCAACACCUCCGGACCCAGACAGAGCACAACCUGCGGCGCGCGACGGCUGCGACGCAGAGGUCUCUCUUCGCGCCUUCGACGCUGCAGUCAACGAGUUGCUGACGACCGAGAGAGCGGUGACUGACGCCAUGCGGCAGAGUUUCUUCGCAGCUUAUCGUCCUUUGCCUCCCGCCCCACCGGGGAAGAAUCUCUGCGAGCAGCGCGAUCCGUCAUCGUCUCCAUCCUCUUCAUCUCCCGCCUCUUCCGCUGCCUCCGCCUCGUCUUCUUCGUCUCCGUAUUCGGCUUCUUGGAGCGUCGAGAACUCCGCAGAGACCGCAGAAGCUGCGUCGCUUUUCGCCUUCAUGUCUUCAGCGCAGAGCCUCGCUCGUCGCGUCGACGGAAAGUUCAACAGAGAGGCGUCGCAGUCGCGUCCUCAGCCGGAAGCGCCACGCCUCCUCUCUCCUCCCAGUCAACGGGUGGCCAUGACUGUUCGCCACAUCAACGAAGGCUUCACAGACAUGGCCUUGUGGCUGUUGGGCUCCGCACACACUGGAGCCUGGCGGGAAGGCCUCCUCUCAGAGCUGGCCGUCGAAGGGGGCUGCGAGACGGUGCAAGAGGCAAGCGGAAACUCGACAAACAUGGCCCAGACUUCGAGCAAAGAGAGAGACGAAGAGAGAGACGAAGAGAGAGGCGAGAGCAAGGCACGCGAGGAGAUCGAAGCGCAGAAGAGGGAGGCCGAGACGGCGCAGCUGCAGCGUCUCAAGAAUGCUUAUAUCGGGAUCGUGCGAAAACUGCAGAGACUGGAGCCUGACGAGCUCGUCGAGGGAUGCUUCAUCAUCGACAAGAUCGUUCGCCCCGAGGAGAUUCGCCGCAGUGUCGUGUUUGGCAGGCAAGGCCGCCGCGAGUUCUUGCAGGCGCUCGAUGGUCCGGGUGUCGUGGUCCGAGGCUGGGUGGUUCGGUGCGAUUCAGACCGCGCUCUCCUGCUCGUUCGCCUCGUCGCCGCCGAACUGUACCCGGUGUCUCCGCCCCACUCGCCUGUCUCUGCGUCUCCGUCGCGCCCCGCGUACGGCGUCUACGCGGACAAGCCGACGACUCCUCGAGGCAUGCAACUCUCUUCCGUCUCUCCUGUCUCUCCCACCGCUCCGGUCCCGCAGCCUGUCUCAGCCACGCGUCGGAGACUGUUGCGAGCCGAGUGCGAUAUCGGCAGCAGUGGCAUCUACGGGGCUCUGCCUCUGACGGCUGUCGGCCGCUACGAGUGCAAGGCUGGCCAAGCGAGCGGCUGCGUGAGUCGCUUCGUCCCAGUGGGUACGGCCGUUCGCGCCUGCGUGACGGAUUUUCUUCCUCCGCCCCGCGACCCUGGGAGGCAGCGCCCGUCUCGGUGGGACGAGAGACAGAGGGAAGAGAGGGAUGCCGCCCGAGUCGACGAGGCGACGCUGAACGAGGCGCAUGCGCAUCUUCUCCUGACGCUGAACGCUCCCGCCUGCUUGACUGCUGCCGACGCUGCGGUGCCUCUUCAGAAGCCUCUAGGGUUUGUUGCCAGCACGCGCCAAGAUGCACUCUGUCUGCGUUGUCAGUAUGACGACUACCUUCCGAUCGUGCCUCUCCAGCCGCCGACGCUGGACGCCGUCAAGUCCCUCUCUUGUGGCUCUGAGGGCGAGCCUGCUGAGUCUUCUGCGCUCGACUCGACGCGGAAACCAAACUCGUCGCUGUCCUGGUGGGACGGGGGCGCGUCCCUCCUCCGCGCUCGCCUGCCUUUCAUUCUCUUCGGCGAGCCUCGCAUGAAGAACAGCGGAGCGCUCGGCCACAAGCUGCGCGUGCUGGACCUCCUCCGGACGCACUUCUUCUCCUUCUCGCUCGGCGCCGGCGCAUGCAGCCCCGCGCGCGCGUGGCGACAACUCGAGGCGGCGGCGGAGACGGAGCUGGGCGAACGGCGCGAAGCCGCGAGGAAGAGAGAGCGCGAGAGACAAGCGCUGUGGAGAGAGCGACACGGGGCAGCGGAGACACCCGAGCAAAGUGCACAAGAACGCGAGAGCGGCGGCAAAACCCCACAAGAGACCGGGUUCCGCGGGCUGGGAACGUUUUUGACGGAGGAGCAGAGCAGCCAGUGGGCGCAGCAGCGCCUUCAGCAGGGAGUCUCGGCUGCGCGAAAGGGUGACCUGAACACCGCGAUGGAGUGCUACGAGGCAGCCUUGCUACUCAAACCGAAAUAUGCAGACGCGCUGGUGGCGCGGGGCGCAGCGCAUGCGAACCGACUCGCGUACGAGAAAGCCCUCGACGAUCUGGACGCUGCUCUGGGCCAGGAGCCUCAGCACCCGAAUGCAAUCAAGUACCGGCGCAUCGUGCUGCAGCGAAUGGAGAACCGACACAAGGAAGGAGCAACGCGCUCAGCGCUAGGAUCACGGCACACAGGAAGUCGGACGCCCUCGCCGACAGUGACGCGGGCUUCUCGGACGCCGCCACACAAAGGGGACACGGUGGCGGCUCCGUCUGGGUUCCACGACGCUCCAGCCAAAGGGACGGUUCCGUCUGGGUUCCACGACGCUCCGGCCAAGGGGACGGUUCCGUCUGGGUUCCACGACGCUCCGGCCAAGGGGACGAUUCCGUCUGGGUUCCACGAAGCUCCGCGGUGGGGCGGUCAGACCGCGUUCGGCUCCCGUGCGGGCGGGGCCGGGGACAGGCGGCGCUUCGAGGCCGCGGCGGCUGCGGCAGUGGCGAGUGCGGCGGCGGCGGCGAACGCGAUUGCCGUGGUGGCUGCCGAGAAAGAUUUCGUUCGCUUGCUGGCGAAGCAGCGCGAGGAGAAACACCUGGCGGUUUUGCGGCAGCAGAAAGAGGCACUGUUGAAGCAGCAAAUGGCGCACGCCGUGGAGCUGGAGCAGCGGGCCCGAGAGAAGCGCUCGCGUGCAGAGGAAGACGGCGAGAAAAAGGGCAAAAAGGACGCCGCUCACAGCGAAGACAAGGGGAAGAAAAAGAAAAAGAGCCACAAAUCAAUGCUCUCCGUCAGGUUUCUCUCGACUGUCGCCGUUGGUUAA